UCUUUCGGCUUUUAAUCGGUGUUGCCAUCUACAGUAAGAAGGACUGACUUUUGGUGCACUUAAAUAUUUACCGUUUUAUUUUAAAUGGUUGGGGAUCGGGGAAUAACAUACAGAAUUUAACGAAAUGUGCUAUCACUGAAGAAAUUGUAUAAAUAAACAUUUAACUUGGUGCUACAAUAUUAAUCAUCGUAUUUAAUUGAGAUAAGCAUGAUUACUCUAAGAGGAAAAUUAAAAAAGGAUGGUGACCUGGCGAACUCAAAAAAUAGAGAUUAUAACAAACGCAUUUCUGUCAGAGAUAAAUUACUUGUCAAGGAGGUUCAAGAAAUGGAGCAAACUUUACCUAGUACUUGUCAAGUUACAUUUAAUGACCCACACUGUCUUCAUGAGUUUACACUUCUCAUUGUUCCUGACGAAGGGUAUUGGUUGGGAGGUCGAUUUUAUUUCCAAAUUUAUAUACCCGAAGAUUAUAACAUGGCUCCACCAAAAGUCAAUUGCUUAACAAAAUUAUGGCAUCCUAAUAUAAGUGAAAAUGGUGACGUAUGUCUUUCAAUAUUAAGACAAAGUAGUAUAGAUGGAAUGGGAUGGGCGCCAACACGCAAGCUUCAGGAUGUUGUAUGGGGCUUGAAUUCCCUUUUUACUGAUCUUUUAAAUUUUGAUGAUCCCUUGAAUAGAGACGCAGCUGACCUUUUCAUAACAGAUAAAGAAUCAUUUCGGAGUAAGGUGAAAGAUUAUGUUAUGCAGUACGCAAAGAGAUGAUUCAAAUUAGCCAAUAAUAUUCUAAUAAUGUAUUUUUACAAUUAUGGAGUUGCUAUCUGACUUUGACAGACAAGUUUAAAAUUCGUUUGAAAGAUUCUUGUGUUUUUCUUUUUUUAAGGUGAUACCAAUCAAAUUCAUAUACAAUAUUUUGCUACUAGUCUUCUCAAUUUAGGGAGAUCGUAUCUGUUGUACUUCCGUGUCGUUAAUUGUAUGCAGCUUUUGAUUGUUCUAAUACUCCAUUGCAGUUAUGAUACAAUUUAUAUUUGUAAUUAUUGGUACAAGGAACGAGGACAGAGAAAUAUGUCAUUUGUACAAUAUGCUUAUCCUCUUUAUAGAGCAUUGUAAUGAUGGAAGAUAAUUUGUAAAUAAAUUCCAUAUUUAAUAAUAA